AUGACGUCGGAACCUAAAAACACGACCCCUGAAAAUCCAGAGAAGCCGAAGGAGGUGAAAGACGAUGCCCCGGUAGACAAUGGCCAGACCAAAGAGGAGACGCCGGCAACUGAGGAAAAAGCUGAGAAGGCAGAAGAGAAAAAAACAGAACCAGCUCCUCCGAAGCCGACCGUUCACAAAAGCAACUACGAGCAGGACGUCGUCUACCUGUACCAAUUCUCGCGAACUCCUUUGUUGCCAUCGACUUCACCGUAUUGCUUGAAAGUUGAGACAUGGCUUCGUUUGGCUGGCAUCAAGUACCAGAACGUGGACCAUAAGGCCAAGUUCCGCUCCAAGAAGGGCCAGCUGCCAUUCGUCGAGCUCAACGGCGAAGAGAUCGCUGACAGCGCCUUCAUCAUCAAGGAGCUCUCCGAGAAAUACAAUAAGGAUCUCGAUGCCGCCCUGACGUCGGAGCAGCGGGUGGUCACUCACGCCAUGGUCUCCAUGAUCGAGAACCACCUCUCGUGGGUGAUCAUGUGGUGGCGCGCCAAGUAUCCGGACAGCGUGCUGAAGGGCUACCAGGUCAAUCUGCAGAACGCCCUCAACACUCGCCUGCCGAACCCGAUACUCAACUUCUGCUACAAGCUUACCAGCGGUCGCAAGGGCAUGAAGAAGGCAAAAGCCCACGGCAUAGGCGUCCACAGCCAGGAGGAGAUCCUAGAGUUCGGCAAGAACGACCUCCGCGUGCUCUCCGACCUGCUCGCUGACAAGCCCUUCUUCUUCGGCGAUGAACCGACGCUGCUGGACGUGGUCGCGUUCGCGAAUCUCGCUCAGCUGCACUUCAUCGACAAAGAGGUGGGCCACCCGCUGCGCGACGCGCUCAACGAGUCGUUCCCCAACCUGGUGGGGCUGGUGACGCGCGUGAAGGAGCGCGCCUUCAACGACUGGGAGGACAUCUGCCGGACCCUCGACCUGAACGCCCACCUGCCCAAGCCGAAGGAGCAGAGCAAGGACGCCAAGGACACCGAGAAGCAGCCGCUGCCGGACGAGGCCGAAAAGGGCAAGGGCGACGAAAAAGAGAAGGAGCAAGAGAAGGAGAAGGAGAAGGAGCCAGAGGACAAGGAGGAGAAG